GCUCGGGAGCCCGCGGCCCUCCCGGCCGCCCUGCUUGCGAGAGGAGCCCAGGCCGCCCGCGCUCGCGCCUCGCCGGCCCCUCCCCCGGUCGCUGCGGCCGCCGCGCCGCCGCUGCAGGAAUUUCCCAGUCCAGUGUGGGAGAUGGACGCAAAGAGCAAAUUGCAAAAAAUAUGGGAAGUGCUACAGUACAGUCAUGUACAACUGUCAGUGAGCUCAUAGAAGAGUAACUCAUUCUGAGUCAGUGGGAACUCAGGGCCGAUCUAUAUCUAACAAGGAUAGCUAGCGGCCAGGAGAAAUAUAGUGGAAAAUGCAAAACAACGAAAUUAUAAAGCCUGCCAAAUACUUCUCAGAAUUGGAAAAGAGCAUCCUGCUGGCUUUAGUAGAAAAGUAUAAAUAUGUGCUGGAAUGUAAGAAAAGUGAUGCGCGAACUAUUGCCCUUAAGCAGCGUACCUGGCAGGCGCUGGCCCACGAAUACAACUCUCAGCCCAGCGUGUCCCUGCGGGAUUUCAAACAGCUGAAGAAGUGCUGGGAGAACAUCAAGGCUCGGACCAAAAAAAUUAUGGCCCAUGAAAGGAGAGAGAAAGUGAAACGGAGCGUCAGCCCUAUCCUGAGUACCCACGUCCUAGGGAAGGAGAAGAUCGCCAGCAUGCUGCCGGAGCAGCUCUACUUCCUGCAGAGCCCCCCGGAGGAGGAGCCCGAAUACCACCCCGACGCCUCAGCCCAAGAAUCAUUUGCUGUUUCAAAUAGAGAACUGUGCGAUGAUGAGAAAGAGUUCAUACAUUUUCCAGUAUGUGAGGGGACCUCUCAACCUGAACCCUCGUGUUCAGCUGUCAGAAUAACAGCCAAUAAAAACUACAGGAGCAAAACCUCUCAGGAAGGUGCUUUAAAAAAGAUGCAUGAGGAAGAACACCAUCAACAAAUGUCCAUCUUACAACUGCAACUGAUACAAAUGAAUGAGGUGCAUGUGGCCAAAAUCCAGCAGAUAGAGCGAGAGUGUGAGAUGGCAGAGGAGGAACACAGGAUAAAAAUGGAAGUUCUCAAUAAAAAGAAGAUGUAUUGGGAAAGAAAACUACAAACUUUUACCAAGGAAUGGCCUGUUUCCUCAUUUAACCGGCCCUUUCCCAAUUCGCCCUAAGACUUUGGGGGUGGCUGUCUUGUAAUUAAUCUGUGUUGGCAAAGAAUGUCUGGAACAUGGACUUGCGGUCAGUAACCUGUAACAGAGCUACAGCUAGGAAAAUUAGAGUGGUAGUAGUCACUUAUUUAAGAAUUCAUUCAGGUAAACAGCUGCACCCUCUGUACCCCUUAAGUGGCAAAGAAGCUGUUAUAGUCUUCUGAAAAUUAUCACUAUGAGUGCUAUAAUUCUGAAUAUAAUGUCUCUUAAUUAGAAUUCAUACAAGAACCACGUUGUGAGUGUUGUUGUUGUUGUUUUUUUUUUUAAUCAAAUGCAAGUGUGACUAUAAAGGAGUGUGGCUGAUUUUUUUUUUCUUUUUUCUUUUUAAACAGACAGCAGAACUUUUCUAUCCAAAUGAAUGCCGUCCCAUGGAAAGUGGCUGUCCUGGGAGGCUACACGUUUCUCCAAUGGUGAUGCUGUUGCUCAGAACUUACUAGAGGUCUUUAGGGAACCUCCAUGAGAGCUGCAGCACCUUUUUAAUUUUCUCGGUGUCAUCCUCUGAGUAUGGAUUUUCUGUUUUUAAACAGCCCAAAGUUUAGAAGGGUAUUUUCUAAUGUGGCUCAUAAACCACCUUUUAAGGCCUUUCCUCAAACAGGAGUUCUAAAUAAGUCUCCAACAAUGGUAGUUUUGUUGGAGCUAAGGAUGUAACUACUUUGAGGGAGAGAUGUUCGUUUAGAUUUCUACAUUCUGUUAUGUUGGUUUUAUUAAAAAAAAAAAAAAGACUUGCAA